GGCGAGAGAAUCUCUGUCCCAAGAUGAAGAAGGUGGAGGAGGUGAUCUUGGGGAAGACAGAGCCGCACCCCCCAGAGCCACCCCUGGGCCAGAAUACAGGAUGGAGUCCUUCCGGAAAAGGCUUUGCUCCGGGUCUCAAAGCCUGCCCGCCGGGUACGAGCCCUGCCUUCCUUGCUCUAAGGAGCCUCCCCCAGGGCUUGGCCGUGGGCCCCUCAAGAUCCAGGAAUCAGCACUUGGGGGUCUGGUGUGUAGGAGCACCCCUGCAGCCCGGCCUGCAUUGGGGACCUCUGGAAGAGGAGUCCGUCCUGGAGAAGGGCGAGGGAGUGAAGACACCGCACGAGGAGGACUUCUCGUUAGCCCUGUGCGGAGCCAUCUGUCCCCAGAAGCAAAGUUCCACUUGGACCAGUUUGGUGCAGCAAGGAAGACUGCAGAGUGAUGGGAAUGUGUCCUGGGUCUGGAUCAGUGAGAAGCUUCACCUGCAGGUGGACCAGACUAUAUUGCCAGGCUUUGAGUUGCUGCUGCACCCACAGUCUCCACAAGAGAGUCUAAGUGUCCCGCACCCCAAGCUGGAGGAAGACGUCGCUGUGACAGGAGAAGUGUCUGCUCCACAGGAAGAAGUGGCCUCUCCGCAAGAAGAUUCAGCAGGGUCUUGCACAGAUCCUGGUCACGAGUCAUCCCAUAGUAUCCAAGGAGACAAUAUGCUAGUCUCUGAAUCUGUGACCAAAACCGAAGAGCAACUUUUCAAGAAUAGCCAACCCAUUGGCCUGUUGCUUCACGAUGACAGCAUGGAUAAACAGUGCCUACCACAGACUCCACCUGAGCCUCAGAGCACCUCAGCUGCCCAGAAGAGCCCAGAGAACAGUGAAGUCGGUUUAUUUCCUCCUGAGGGUGCCCAGGUGGAAACCUGCCCAGCCAAGCAGUUAGAUGUCCCCAGCAGUCAGUGCCUGUCUAUAGCCCAGACCUCAGAGCCUGGAACCCAGCUCCCUGACCUGUCUGGGCUGCUCUGCAGCCCUCUAGACCCAGUAGGAAGCUCCUCAAAGCAGGGCCGACGCUACCAGUGUGGGGAGUGUAGCAAGGCAUUCCUACAGCUGUGCCAUCUGAAGAAGCAUGCCUUUGUGCACACAGACCACAAGCCCUUCCUGUGCACCGAGUGUGGCAAGAGCUACAGCUCUGAGGAAAGCUUCAAAGGCCACAUGCUGGGCCACCGUGGUGUACGGCCCUUCCCUUGCUCUCAGUGUGACAAGGCCUAUGGUACCAGCAGAGACCUCAGGGAACAUCAGGUGGUCCACUCAGGUGCCCGGCCCUUUGUGUGUGAGCAAUGCGGGAAAACCUUUGCCCGCCGACCUUCCCUGCGGCUACACCGAAAGACCCACCAGAUGCCAGAUGCCCCUUCACCAUGCCCUUGCCCAGUGUGUGGACGGCUCCUGGCCACCCGGGGUUCCCUGCGGAAUCACAUGAGGCUCCACACUGGGGAGAAACCCUACCCGUGCCCCCACUGUGGCCAAGCAUUCCGCCAGCGGGGCAACCUCCAAGGACACUUGCGGCUACACACAGGGGAGCGCCCCUACCAGUGCCCACAUUGUGCCAAUACUUACCCCCAGCUGCCUGAACUGCGGCGCCAUCUCAUCUCCCACACUGGCGAGGCCUACCUGUGCCCCGUGUGUGGGAAGGCCCUGCGAGACCCACAUACACUCCGUGCUCAUGAGCGCCUACACUCAGGGGAGAGGCCCUUUCGCUGCCCCCAGUGUGACCGAGCUUACACACUGGCCACCAAGUUGCGCCGCCACCUCAAGUCCCACAUGACAGACAAGCCGUACCGGUGCCCCAUCUGUGGCAUGGGCUAUGUUCUCCCUCAUAGCCUCAGGCGACACCAGCUCAGUCACCAGCGUGGGCUUUCAUCCAGCCCUUCUCUGCCUCCUGCUGCCCCUGAGCCCCCUAUGGUGCUCCUCCAGAGUGAGCCGGAACUGCUGGACACUUGUAGCCAACAGGAAGUGCCCCCGGGUGAGGGUAUUGUGGAGGUCACCAUCUCUGAAAGCCAGGAAAAGUGCUUUAUAGUACCAGAGCAGCCAGCCCCUAGCCCCAGCCUGGUCCUGAUCCACAAGGAUGUGGGCUUUCGUGGCUGGGCCGAGGUGGUAGAAGUAGAAGCAGGCACCUGACGCCCUCAUCACCCUUCCUUUACCCCUGCAAGAGCUCCCCGUGAAGACUGGUGCAGCAGAGCGGGUGUCAUUCAUUCCCUUUGGGUCUUCUGAGAGGUGCAGGAACCCAGCUGAUUGGCUUCUUAGGGUUGGAUAGACUCAGCUGUCAAUCCACACAUCACAUGCCCUCUGUAGUUCAGGUUUUAAUUCAGUUGGUUGCUUUCAUAGAUGAAGUUUGUAAAAGCUAAAGGAGACAGUGUAGGGAGAUGGGUGUGGUGGGAUUUGUGCACUCCGUAAGCUUGGGCACAGGGAAGCUAUGAGGGCUUAACACGAUUUGCCUGUGAAGUCUGUGAGCCUAGACAAUGUGAGAUGUUGGAGAUGAACCAGACAUUCUCAUAGUGACACACCCCUGGAAUCCCAGCACUCAAGCAGAGGCAGAAGGGUUGCCUCAAGUCUGAAGCCAUCAUGGACUCUGUAAGUGGUCCUGUCUCAGGGAGGGAGGGAGAAGAGGUUGGCCUUUAACAAAGCCUGUGAUUCACUGAGCUAUAGGGAUAGAUCAGAAAUAACUGCGUAGGCUGGGUGUGUAAGUUCACACCUGGAAUCCCUGCCUUAGAAGCACAGGUUUAAGGCCUGCCUGCCCACCCUUAGGAAGAAGAAAAACCAUUGGAUAUGAGUUCAGAGGGGACAUGGGAAUUGUUAUAUGAUAGUGUGAUGUGAUCUGGGUGGUGCUAUGGACCUCCCCAGUGGUGACAACAGGAGCAUACUUUGAGCCAGGCUUUGAUGAGUGAGUGUGUGUGUGUUGAAGCAGUGUUUCUUUUUUAAACAAAUAGACAAGUGUAAAGCACUUUAACUAUUCUCCCAUAGCCACAAAGCUACCCAAGGGCUGAGUUUAAAGUCUGCCUGUUGCACUCGUGCUGCUCUAUCUUGGUCUGCCUGUUCUUGGUAGGUGGAUGGAUUUUCAAGAGGUGAGAAGCAGGAGUGGAGAUGUAAUUCUAAAGAGGUGGUCAGGAGAUGCCUUAGUGAAGUGAGAGCACUGUGAGUACCAGAGUAGGCAGUGAGCUGGGGAAGGGCUGGGUGCUAGGUGGAGUAAAGAAGACAAAAGCUGGGGCUGGAGAGAUGCCUCAGCGGUUAAGAGCACUGACUGUACUUCCAGAG